GGACAACCCCUUGGAAGGCCAGAGUCAGAGGCCACAACGUGAGAACCUCAGAGUGCCAGCUUCUCGCCUGAGAAACUGGAAGUGGAGGUGAAGAGGAGGAGGAGGAGGAGGAGGAGGAGGCCAGGAUGGGCAGCAAGGAAGAUGUGGGCAAGGGAUGUCCGGCGGCCGGUGGCGUCUCCAGCUUCACCAUCCAGUCCAUCCUGGGCGGGGGCCCUUCGGAAGCACCGCGGGAGCCCGCAGGCUGGCCGGCCAGGAAGCGCAGCUUGUCUGUGUCCUCCGAGGAGGAGGAGCCCGACGAAGGCUGGAAGGCGCCGGCUUGCUUCUGCCCCGACCCGCACGGCCCCAAGGAGCCAGGCCCCAAGCACCAUCCCCCCAUCCCUUUUCCCUGCCUGGGUACCCCCAAGGGCAGCGGUGGCGCAGGGCCGGCGGGUUCGGACCGCUCGCCUUUCCGGGACUUUAAGGAGGAGAAGGAGAGGCUGUUGCCGGCCGGUUCGCCUUCUCCGGGCCCCGAGCGGCCGCGGGACGGCGGAGGCGUGGAGCGGCAGGCGGGCGCGGCCAAGAAGAAGACGCGCACGGUGUUCUCGCGCAGCCAGGUGUACCAGCUCGAGUCCACGUUCGACAUGAAGCGCUACCUGAGCAGCUCGGAGCGCGCCUGCCUCGCCUCCAGCCUGCAGCUCACCGAGACGCAGGUCAAGACUUGGUUCCAGAACCGCCGCAACAAGUGGAAGCGGCAGCUCUCGGCCGAGCUGGAGGCGGCCAACAUGGCGCACGCGUCGGCGCAGACUCUCGUGGGCAUGCCGCUGGUGUUCCGGGACAGCUCGCUGCUGCGCGUGCCCGUGCCGCGCUCGCUCGCCUUCCCCGCGCCGCUCUACUACCCCGGCGGCGGCGGCGGCGGCAACCUCUCGGCCUUACCGCUCUACAACCUCUACAACAAGCUCGACUACUGA